AUGGCAGCUCCGCAUUCUAUUACGAGUGAAGAGGAAUUUUGUAACAAAGAACUACUAGAUCAUAUCCGACCGUUAUUACAACGUGAUAAAAUCCGUCUUUGGGAACCGCCUUACACAGACGCUUCAAGCGGCGCUGAAAAUAUUCCAGAGGAUUUAGUUGAGAGUAUUUGCGCUGAAUUGGGUAAUACAGCGGAAGAGAUACGUCCUGCUCUCUCUUUUCUUCGACGACAUGCUUUAGAAAAGCUAGCUGCAAAGAAGAAUGUCGACUUAAUAACGCUUAAAAUUCGUUCAUCCGGUGCUUCAGAUAAUAAAAACAAUUGUAUUAGUAUCAGUAUAUCAUCUCAAAGUACAGGUACUGAAUUAGAGAAAUUGAUUCAGGAAAAACUUAAUUUUCAUGAUCAAAAUAUCAAAAUGAUAUGUUCUGGUCGGAUGAUUCAAUCUGAUAAACGAUUACAAGCACAGAAUAUUCGUACAAAUGCAACAAUUUUAGUCAUUGCCGUGCCGAAAUCAGCUAUUGCAGCGACAACUGCAGAUGUGCAAACUUCGAAUUUGAUUCAAGCUGUCAAGGAAGCAGCAAAUAUACUACAUGAGAACGCACGUACAGCACCAAGUUCUGAUCAGUACCAGUUACGUAUAACUGAUCAACAAGGCCGCGAAUUAACUGCACUUUCGGACGAUGAACGUCGUUCAUUAACAAUUGCGAUGACUUUACAUGAAAAGGGUCGUUCAUUCUUGCGACAACGUGAUUAUCUGAGCGCAUUAGCUUUAUUCAGUGAAGCUGAUAACGAAUUUCGACAAUGUUCAUCACAAAUGUUAAAUUCAGUCGAUAACUGUUUGAUUUGCCAGUCAAAUUAUAUACGAAUUUGUUUAGAUGCGGCAGAAAGAUUAAUGAAAUGCGAUACAUGUUUUGUCAAAGUUUACGGAAAUUCAUUUCAGCGUUUGAAAGCAUUACAAAAGGAUGGUACGGGGCACAUGGUUCUUUUCGUACGAUUACAUUUACUACAAGCUAUUGUUGCUUAUCAUGCUGGUCGUAAGGUAGAUGCGAAGAACUUUCUUGGUUUGGCCGAAGAGGAAGCACGGAUGAUGCAUGUUGAGCCAGAAAAACUAACUCAGAUUAUGACGAUGGGUUACACGGCAAGUGAAGCUCGGCGAGGUUUGAGAAGUUCUCAAGGAAACAUUGAACAAGCCGUUGAAUUCAUUCUUGAAAAUCGUCGUCUACGCGAAGAACGUCAUCGUGAGGAACAAGAGCGAGAAGAAGAGGAGCGUCUUCAAAAGCGAUAUGGACGCACCCAGAAUGGACAAAAACUUGAUAUCAAACACCUACGUCAAUUGGAAUCCAUGGGUUACCCGCAGUAUGCAUGUGCUGAAGCUUUAAAACAGUCGAAUAAUCGUUUAGAAGAGGCCGGUGAAAUGUUAUUAAAUGAUCUUGAGACUCUUAUUGCUGCUAGUCGACCAGAACGAAAAAAUAAAGAAGAUGACGACGAGCCAACAAAUGUAUUACCAGAAGAUGCAUCUCAUGUGCCACAACUUCUGUCAUUAGGUGCAGAAUUGGAUGAAGCACGUGCAUUGCUAGAAAUUCAUGGUAAUCGAUUAGAUCGAGCAGCAGAAGAAUUGUUGCAAAAGAAUCAAGAUUCAACACAAGAUUCGAUGGCAGAUCUUCUCCAACGAGCACGUGUAGCAGCUGAGAAACGAGCCGCUAAAAAUGCUCGAUUGGAAGAGAAAAAUCGUGCUGACCAAGAACGUCGUGCAAAGCUUCAAACUGUCCUACCGGAUUUGUUACGUAAUAAUAUGGAAGUUGAUAAUAUGGAGAGUGAAAGUGAAACAGCUAGUGGUGGACCCGAUGAAUAUCUUGAUCUACUUUUGGACGAAGAAGAAGCAUUCAUACAUGAAUAUCGGCAACGAUUGAUUAAUGAUGGAUUUUGGUAA